AUGGGGGUCCGAGGAGUGGCCAAGAUCCGGAUCAAAUCCAGGACACCCUGGGCAGCUUUGAGCGUCGGGAACGAUCAAAGCGGAUGCCGCCCGUGCGUAGUCUACCGGGCGGGGAAUCAGAUGAUCCUCGGGUCCGAGCUGCUGUACGGGGAGAUGUCCGAAGUCCGAAUCGAUCCGAGGACGGAAGAAGCUGACCAGGUGGCGGGCCGUCAUUCGGCAACCCGGGCGAAAGACGGCGCGACCAACGGCGAAGCGGCCAUCGAAACGGCCACCAACAAGGGCCGAGGAGCCACUGACGGCGAAACGGCCACCAACAAGGGCGAGGAGCCACCGACGGCGAAACGGCCACCAACAAGGGCCAAGGAGCCACCGACGGCGAAACGGCCACCAACAAGGGCCGAGGAGCGAGAGGCCAAGGAAAAGCGGCGGCAGGUCUGGGAGGACGCGCAGGCGCUGGCCAGAAAAUUUAAGGCUGCGCAGAAGGCGGAGCAGGCGGCCGAGGAGGCCAAGGAAAGGGCCCGGCAGGAGGCUGAGGAGCAGCACCGGACGUGGGUGCUGAAGCGAUUCGUGGCCGAAAUGCGGGAGAAGGAGCGGCAGAGGGCCGAGGAGAGGUGCCGAGAGGAAGAGGCGAGGCUGAUCCCCGAGGAGGAGGACGGAGGUGCGCCGAAGCCGGAGCCUGUACAAAUAUCGGCAGAGGAGGAGUGGCGAGAUCGGCUAGGCCGGACGGAAGAAGAGGAGGAGGGCCUGUGGCAGCCUUCCCCUCCGACGCCGGAGCCCGAGAACCGAGGCCAGUCCACACCGGAAGAGGAGGAGUGGCAGGAGCGUCUACGCCGGGCGGAAGAGGAGGAGGAAGGCCUGUGGCAGCCUUCGCCUACGACACCGGAGCCCGAAAACCGAGGCCAGGCCACGCCGGCCGAGGAGGAGCUGUGGCAGCGACGGCCGCGGCCCGAGGAAAAGGCUAGGUUCCCAGAAGGAGGACAGGGGCCCCAAGCCUCGUCACAGCAACAGCGCCGGGAGCGGACGCCUCGUGGCAGCAGCAGCAACACCAGUGGCAGGGACCGCAAGGCGCGGUGA